CGCCCUGGUUACGUCCUCCGGAGCUGUCAGUGGGAUGCGGCGGUGUACCGGCGGCGGAAGACAUGGAGGAGGAGGGGGCCGGGCUGCACCUGGCGGUGUGGACGUUGAUAGCGGUACUGUUGCCGGUGCUGAUCACUCUGUGGUGCAGUAUACGGAGGGCGGGACGGAGGGGUCUGUCCCGGGCCGGGAAACACGCCUGGAAGGAGACCGACCUGUUCGGGAGACCUACCUACUGCUCGGUGUGCGGCCUACACAUCCUCCAGGGCGGGUACUGCCUGUGCUGCGGCCUGUGUGCCGACCACCCGUGUGUGUGGAAGGCCAGCCGCCGCUUCCCGUGUAAGGAGGGCCUGGGGAGGAGCGAGGGGGCCCGGGGCCACCACUGGGUGCGGGGCAACCUACCGCUCUGCAACCUCUGUGUCCGCUGCGGCCUACAGUGUGGGGGGCAACCUAAGCUCUGCGACUGGAGAUGUAUCUGGUGUCAGAGGAGCGCCCACGAUGAAUGCUUGCACAGCGACCUGAAGACCGAAGACUGUGACCUCGGAGAGUUCCAAAGCCUCAUUAUUCCACCCAAUUAUCUCCUGGCUGUGAAGCAGAUGAAAAAGAGCAAGAAUACAGAUUAUGAGAAGUUGCUGUCUCCACCUGGCAAAGACUGGACUCCUUUGAUAAUUCUUGCUAACACCCGCAGUGGGAACAAUAUGGGUGAAGUUUUGGUUGGAGAAUUUAAAAGUCUUCUGAAUCCUCUCCAGGUGUUUGAUUUGAGCAAGACAUCUCCAUUCAAAGCACUUCAACUGUGUGCAGUUCUUCCUCCUAACUCGGCCAAAGUGCUGGUCUGUGGUGGAGAUGGCACUGUUGGUUGGGUCCUUGAUGCUGUGGAUGAGAUGAAGAUAAAGGGUCUCGAAAGUUUUGUUCCCCAAGUAGCAGUGUUACCCCUGGGAACUGGCAAUGACCUGGCUAAUACUUUAGGAUGGGGGGUUGGCUAUGCUGGAGAAGUCCCUGCAGAGCAGAUACUUCGCAAUGUUAUGGAAGCAGACAGAGUUAAGCUCGACAGGUGGAAAGUCCAGGUUACUAACAAGGGUUACAGUCUGAGAAAACCAAAGGUUUUGACGAUGAAUAACUACUUCUCAGUAGGUCCUGAUGCCUUAAUGGCUUUAAACUUCCACACACAUCGAGAGAAGACCCCUUCACUGUUUUCUAGCAGGCUUGUUAAUAAGGCGGUGUAUUUAUUUUAUGGGACCAAGGAUUGCUUGAUUCAGGAGUGUAAAGAUCUUGACAAAAAAGUGGAGCUGGAGUUGGAUGGAGAGAGAAUCUCAUUACCCAACCUGGAGGGGAUCGUAGUGCUGAAUAUCGGUUACUGGGGAGGAGGCUGCAGGUUGUGGGAAGGCAUGGGAGAUGAGCCAUAUCCUUUAUCAAGGCAUGACGAUGGACUGCUAGAGGUGGUGGGUGUUUAUGGAUCAUUCCACUGUGCCCAGAUUCAGGUGAAGCUGGCAAACCCGGUCCGUCUCGGCCAAGCGCACACUGUGAGGUUAAUUUUGAAGAAUUCCAGAAUGCCCAUGCAGGUGGACGGUGAACCCUGGGCUCAGGGACCAUGUGAAGUCACUAUCACUCAUAAGACACACGCUCUCAUGCUCUACCAUUUAGGGGAGCAAACUGAUGAUGACGAUGACGACGAAGACCCUUCAAGUGAUUCCGACCAAGACCUCCCACUCGAUGUGAGCGACAGUGACAAAAAGGCAUAGGAAAUGGCAGCUUAAUGACAUACCUUUUUAAAUGCUUUGAUAUACUGCAGAUCCUUCUGCCUAUCUGCACUCUAUAUUUAUUUAUUUCAUUGCACUUUUUUUUUUUAAAUAACUUUUUGUGUCAUGCAAGGACUAUGGGGGAUUUUAUUGAGCUGGGCAGAGUAAGAAGCAGGCUCCCCUUUAGAGUAAAUAAUUGGCUAGAGCCGAACAAAAAAAAAUGGAGCUUUAAAGGGUUAGUUUACCUUUUACGGAAAAACUGCCUAUGCAAGCAAAGGGCACCUGUAGAACAAAAUAAACAGCUUUGACUGAAGAUUUUACUAUAGGUGUAGUCCAAUUACACUGUACCUCGCUGUAAAUCUGAGGGGAAGCUCUGCUGGUUUUAUUAUGCAAUCAUGUGCAAGCUAAAAUGCUGUUUU